AUGCAAGAUAUCAUCAACCAAUCUUCCACACAAAGCCUUGUCUUGUCUUGGAUCGUGUUCUUGACCAUCGGGUUGGUGAUUUCGAUGACAGUGUUGGAGCUAGGGCAUUGCAAAGACUGUGAGAGGUAUCAGUACAAGAGCUUCGAGCUAAACAUUGUCGUCUCGCAUGCGUGUUUAGCUGUCGUCUCUCUUCUUUGCGUUUCUCAUAACUUGAGAAAGCAUGGGAUUCGAAAGUUUCUCUUUGUUGAUCAGCUCAGUGGUCGUAUGGGACGGCUCAAGGCUCAGUAUAUUCAAGAACUCUGUGAGACUGCUUGCACUUUGAACUCUGUGAGACUGCUUGCACUUUGGUCACUCCCCUGUUUCGGACUAAAAGCUGUUCGAGAGAUUAUUAGGAUGCUAUACGUACCUCAUGACCAGCCAUGGCUCUCUGUUUUGAUUCUCUUGUCUAUAAUCUUGUCAUGGACUUACUUAAGCACAAUCUUUCUAGCCGCAAGUGCCAUGUUUCAUCUGGUCUGCAACUUGCAAGUCAUUCACUUCGAAGAUUACGCAAAGCUCCUAGACGGAGAGUCUGAGAUCUCUCUUUUCAUCUAUGAGCACAUAUGUUUGCGUCAUUACCUCUCUAAGAUAAGCUACAGGUUCCGCAUCUUUCUGCUUCUACAGUUUCUAGUCGACACUAUUAGCCAGUUUACCACGUUUUUCCAGACCACUGCGUAUAGCGGACGUAUCACGUAUAUAAACGGUGGUGAUUUCGCGGUCUCUGCGGUGGUCCAAGUUGUUGGGAUUAUUUUAUGUAUGCACGCAGCAACGAAGAUAUCUCAUAGAGCUCAAGCGAUAGCAUCAGUUGCAAGUAAAUGGCAGUUGCAAGAUGUUCAGCUUGAUCCUGAGUUUUUCAAAAACGUUGGACAAAUUGUUCUUUUUGGUGGAGCAUUUGCAGUAAAUGGAAAUGUAAAUCCAGCAUCAGAAGCUAAUAAGCUGCAGAUAUUGUGUUCACAUGUGGUGCCGAUGUGA